AUAAGGGAAUUUGGGUUAUUUAGCAUGACUAACACGUAAAGCCUGUUCCGGUGACCUUAUCUCUCUGCCUCCUUUUUCCGGAGGUAAUAGGAUGGGGAAAAUGUUGCCGCCGGAGAUGAAAAUUGGCAAGAAAUCGUUUCCUCCGAUGUCAAAGUGCGAUUUAUCAUCGGUCAGCCACCUCUCAAUUGCUGCGGACCUCGACGGAACCCUACUGAAAGCGAGCCUUCCUUUUCUAUACUACGUACUCCUCGCAAUCGAAGCCGGCAGCCUUCUCCGCGGCCUAAUUUUGAUGCUAUCUCUUCCGAUCAUUGCAAUAGUGUGUAUUUUCAUCUCCGAAGAUUUAGCCGGAAAGAUACUGAUAUUCCUUGCAUUCUUCGGGGUUAAGGUCAGCGACCUUGAGAACGCCUCGCGCGCCGUCCUGCCGUGGUUCUACGCGGUGGAUGUGAGGAGCGACAGCUUCGAAGUGUUUGAUAGUUGUCGGAGAAAGGUAGUUGUGACGGCAAACCCGACGGUGAUGGUGGAUGCAUUCGCGCAGGAGUUUUUGGGAGCGGAUAAGGUGCUUGGAACGGAGAUCGAGGUGGAUCCGUGGACGGAAAGAGCUACCGGAUUUGUGAAAGCGCCUGGUAUUUUGGUCGGAAAAUUGAAGAAGAUGGCUGUUCAAAAGGAGUUUGGAGAAGAUAUGCCUGAUAUCGGACUCGGUGAUCGGAAAUCUGACCACGAUUUCAUGUCCAUUUGCAAGGAGGGCUACAUGGUGCCAAGAGACCAUUCUGCAAGCAUAGUAUCACCAUACCGUCUAAAAAACAAAAUGAUCUUCCAGCUCAACCACAACCACAACCAGAAUGACUAUCCACUCCAACAACCAAGAAACGCUCUAAUCACCACCUACAUUCGACUGCCAUUCACAUUCAUCCAUUCAUUCGUCAGUCUCUACUUCAAUCUUUCACUACUUAAAGCAAUCAUAAGAUCCGCAAUUUAUUAA